CUGGUUCAACUUCCUGUUAGCACGGCGGCUCCAACGCCAAACACGUCAACAUCCUGUUUUCAACUGAACGCAGUGAGAUGCAUUACUGCCCCCUACUGGGCCUGUUUUGUGUGUUUUUCACUGGUAGCUGUAAAGAAGAGAAGCUGUAAAUCUGUCAGCAGAGAAAAUCGAGAAUGUCUCGAGCUUCGGAACGACUCCGACUGCUGAGCGGUCACCUCGACAGAUCUCGGGCUACAGUCAGAGCCUCCUCCACCUCUGGACUCCAGCCUCACAGCCUGAGAUACACUGUUGGAGACCACGUCCUCACCUCGGAGCAGAGACACUUCUAUGAAGACAACGGUUUCAUCCUCAUUAAGGGUUUGGUUCCAGAGGAAGACAUCUCCAGGUUCAGGAAGGAGUUUGAACGCAUUUGUCGUAAAGAAGUCAAAGUUCCAGGUCUGGUGGUGAUGAGAGACGUCGCCAUCGCAAAGUCAGAGUUUGUUCCGGACCAGAAAGCUGUAACAAAAAUCCAGGACUUCCAGGAAUGUCCGGAACUCUUCCGCUACUGCACGCUAGCGCAGAUCCUGAAGUACGUGGAGUGUUUCACUGGACCGGACAUCAUGGCCAUGCACACCAUGUUGAUCAACAAACCUCCUGAUGCAGGUAAGAUGACGUCCCGUCACCCCAUGCAUCAGGAUCUGCAUUAUUUCCCGUUCCGACCAGCAGAGCGCAUCGUCUGCGCCUGGACGGCGAUGGAGCGAGUGGACCAACGGAACGGCUGCCUGGUGGUCUUACCAGGAAGUCACACGGGAACGCUGCAGGAGCACGACUAUCCCGACUGGGAGGGCGGCGUUAACAAGGCGUACCACGGUGUGAAGAACUUCGGUCCACAGCAGCAGCAGCCCAGAGUCCACCUGGAGAUGGAGCAGGGAGACACCGUCUUCUUCCACCCACUCCUCAUCCACGGCUCCGGCAUGAACACAACACAAGGCUUCAGGAAGGCGAUCUCCUGCCACUACGCCAGCUCUCAGUGUCAUUACAUCGAUGUGGAGGGAACUUCACAGGAGAACAUCGGGAGAGAAGUUCUGGAGAUGGCCGCCAAGAAGUACCACGUGGACGGACUCUCCUUCAGCGACACCUGGGCUCUGAGAGGUCGUCUGGUCCAGGGAGACAGGGUUUCACUGUGACCACACUGCUGCAGAGGAUUCUGGGUCCAGGACCAGAUCCAGGACCAGGUCCAGGACCAGAUCCAGGACCAGGUCCUUCAGGAGUUCUAAUGGAGAACAGGAACUUUGAUCAGUACUUGGUUAAGGGGAUCUGAUGAUGGUGUAGUUAACUAACUGUUAAUACUUGGUAAUAACUGGUAAUAACUGUUAAUAACUGUUAAUAACAGAAAUAUAUUUUUGUGGAUUUUCUUCUUGUAAAUGUUCAAACAAUUCCAAAUAAAAUCUUUGAUGAAUUCA